GAGAAGAUAACAUGCUUUUUUCUCUUAUUUUGCCAGUGAGAAGUGAGACUCUGGACAGGGCGUUGGAGUGAAGGCAAAGAAAUGUUGAAGAUGAAGGUGAUGCCGUUCGCAGCGAUAAUCCUUUUAAUGGUUAUCCUCCGCACAAAUUUGGUGCAAGCAGACGGAAUCGAAAACAAGGAGUGCUCCAUCACUGAGGACGGCGACGGCAAGAAUUUCGUUUACAUGAAUUGGCUCCUCCUGGCGGUCAAGUAUCAGCGGUACAGCUCGCCCGAUGACGAGGCCAAGUGGAGGGUGAAACCCGUGAAUUUGGGAGGAAAAACCUACUACGAGCUGAGGAACGUCGAACGUGACAAAUACAUGACGGGUCACAAGAACAAAGCAGUUUACGGCUCAAAUGAGCCGUACAGCAAGUCGGACGACGAGUCCACCCUGUGGGAGAUCAAUCCCGCCGAUGAAAAUGUCUCGGUAACCAUCAAGAACUACAAACACGGAUACUUGCGCCUGCCGAAAGGAAGUGGUUCGUAUGUGCGCCUCACCUCAAGUUCUGGCAACAAGUGGAACUUCAAAUGUGAAUAAUUUACUAAUUUUCAUUUACUUGCUUUCCUGCUGAAAAAAAAUCAUGAAACGAUCUAUUUUUAUCGUGCCUGAAUAAAACGCUUUGCAAUG